AUGAAGUUCGCGACAAUUUUGUGUUCGGGUCUGUUGGCAACUCUCGCUCUGGCAGCACCGUAUAAAGCGAAGGAAUACUGCGAAAAACCUGACGACACUCUCACACCUGCUAGCAGCGACAAACCUUAUAGCACUGGCAAAUCUGAACCCAAUGUCAAGGCUGAUGAUAACUACAAGCCCCCCUCUAAGACUGGCACGCCUGUAAGCGCUGGCAAGCCCAAAAGCACUAGCAAAUCUGGAGGCAAUACCAAGAAUGAUGAUAAGCCCCCCUCCAAAACUGGCGAACGCAAGCCUAAAAGCACUAGCAAAUCUGGAGGCAAUACCAAGAAUGAUGAUAAGCCCCCCUCCAAAACUGGCGAACGCAAGCCUAAAAGCACUAGCAAAUCUGGAGGCAAUACCAAGAAUGAUGAUAAGCCCCCCUCCAAAACUGGCGAAAGCAAGCCUAAAAGCACUGGCAAAACUGGAGGCAAACCCAAGACUGGUGAUAAGCCCCCCUCCAAAACUGGCGGCACACCUGCAAGCACUGGCAAACCUGGAGGCAGUGAUCAGCCUGCCGGAACUCCCUACGGGGCCCCUGCCAAUCGUGUAAGAGUAACCAGAGAUUCCCACACAGAAAUGCCUACUAACAUCAUGACUAGACUUCAGGUGGCAGCACCGCCAACGGUGAUGUAAGAACUUUCUAGACUUUCCAUUUGAAAAUUUACUGACGUGCCAAAAAGAGAGCGCCAGGAUUCGCUUCUGUCGGCGAAGGAACCACAGGUGGUGCCGGGGGGACAGAAGUCACCGUAACAACCUACGAAGAGCUCGCCGCCGCUGUAGCAGGUGAAGCGAAAAAGAUUGUUUAUGUAUCCGGGCCAAUCGAAAAGACAGCACCACAAAUAAAAGUUGGCAGCAACACUUCACUCCUUGGCAAAUCCAGCGCCGUCAUCUUUACAGGAUUUGGUCUCUCGGUCAACUCAGCAACAAACGUCAUUAUCCGUAACAUAGCAAUCAAGAAGGUUACGGCUGAGAAUGGGGAUGCAAUUACAGUUCAGAGUUCAAACUAUGUUUGGAUAGAUCACGUAGAUCUCUCCUCCGAUCGAACCCACGAUAAGGACUUUUAUGACGGACUGUUGGACAUCGUCAAUGGUGCUGAUCUGGUCACCGUUACGUACAGCAAAUUAUACGACCACUGGAAAGCUGUUCUCAUCGGAAACUCAGAUAGCAGCGGCUCUACAGACACCGGAAAACUCAGAGUCACAUUAGGCUUCAACCACUUCUCGAACCUCAACACCCGUGUUCCAUCCCUCCGAUUUGGUGAGGGACAUAUCUACAGCAACUUCUUUGAGGGUAUUGGACAGGCAGUCAACACUAGAAAAGGCGCUCAAUGUCUUGUUGAGAACAACAAUUUCGCUGGUGCCGAAGAGCCAAUCGUCAGCGUUGAUGGGGAAGGUUUUGCAGUUGACAAAGGAAAUACUUAUGGAUAUGGAAAAAACGCCGCCCCGGCUGGUACUCUCACAACUCUUCCUUACUCGUAUGAGGCGAUCGAUGCUGCUGGGGUUCAGGCCGCAGUUGUCGGUAAAGCCGGUAACACACUUACGUUGUAA